AUGUCCCUCUCAACCCCCCUCCGCCGCAGCGCGGCCACAACAUCCACCAUCCGAACACCCACCACUUUUAUAUGCUCACAAUGCCGCCAUGCCACCCUCCUCCGACGCCCCAAGCGCCCCUACACCUUCACCCAACUCGUCACGCUCUCCGACGGCAGCACCUACACGCAACGCACAACCUCCCCGGUUCCCGUCUACCGCUCCACGCGCGACACCCGCAACUCGCUGCUAUGGAACCCAUCCAGCCAUAAACUCAUGAACGUCGAGGAGGACGAGGCCGGACGAUUGGCUGCGUUCCGUGCGAAGUUCGGUCGCAGCUGGGAUGCUAAUACGCCGACUGAGGAGGAGGUGAAAAAGAAGGAGGAGGAUGCGCAGGUUCGGUCUGAGGCAGCAGCAGCGCAGGCGGCCGGGGAGCAGAAGUUGGAGAAGAAUAAUGAGGCUGCGGAAGCUGAGAAGGCACGGUUACAGGCGGAACAGGCUAAGGCGGAUCAGGAGGAAGAGGAUAAUCUGUUGGAUUUGAUUAGUUCGUUUGGGCAGGAGGAAGAAGAGGCUGGGAACAAGAAGAAAUGA